AUGUCCCAUAAUUGCCUCUCUGGAAAUUUCUCCUUCCACUCCCUUGGGGGCCACUUGUGCUACCCAGGCUCCUUCCACCCCAGCAACCUGGUCUACAGCAGACCUCUGCUCUCCCAGCACCUGACAGCUGGGCUCCUCUCUCUACAGUCAGGAGACCUGUUAUGA